AUGACAACCCUUGUAGACCUACCGACGGAACUACUUUGCAUGGUCGCUGACCAAGAUUAUCUCUCAGCGGACGACUGCUUCAGCCUAGCAUUGACAUGCAGAACGCUUAACCAUGCGAUCAUGCCCAUCUGGGAUAAGCAUCAAAAACUGUAUGUUCAGUGGGGACGUCUGAUCAUAAACCUCAAUGACCGCUAUGGACGGGCACUGGAUUUCACCAAGUCAGUCUUUGGCGACGCUCUCUUGACACAGUACGUCAGAGAGAUGAUCAUCGGGAUGCCCAGCGACGCCACAGGAAGUGGAUUUCCCCCUGACCACGGAGAUUCCAUCGACCGGGAAUCGGAAAGCCAAGAACUGUAUGAACUCAUCAAGACUCUUCGUCUUGUUUCUGAAAGUCACCAGUUUCUUGGCUCUCCAAUUCGGUUCAUUGACAACUCAUCAAGGAGCGAUAUCGAUUCCAUGAUCAUACAUGUGGGUGAGCACAUCAUACCAGUUGCUCUCAUCUUAAGCCAACUUCCGUGGGCAUUGUUGGGACUUACUGGAUUUACGCGAUCGCCGGAAGCCGCUCUGAUUCGGAUGCCUGAUACACGGAACACCGACCUCCUACGAAUUUUCGCCAUGCUGCUUGCAAGUUGUCGGUACCUCCAACGCCUGGAGAUCUGCGAUCAGAACCGCGAACGCAAUGAUGACUUCCUUUUCGCCCUUUUUCAGAUGCUCUGCAAAGAGUGUUUUGUGUCUGGAGGCAAGUCAAGUCUCUCCAGGCUCAGGCAUCUUUCUCUUCGAUCGCACAUGUGUAAGGACAUCUCCAUCUUUGCUCGGGAGAACAGAUCAGAACCCGAGGAUUUGAAGUUCGACUCCUUCUUCAUGGCAUUGCUACUGCCCCGUUUAGAAACUGUGUACGGCUUCGGAGUUUGCAACUCGUACUACAACAGGCUCCAUCAUCCGGCUCCCAGGUCCGACAGACAUGGACGAAGGCAUGUCGUGUACCCUUGUAACAAUACCAUUUGGAUGGAAGCCAUCACGGGCUGUAAGAACCAGAUGGGCCUACACAGAUCCUCACUCACGACAGUCGAGUUAUUUAACUGCGACCUAUCAUACGAGAUCUUACGCCACUAUUUCCAGUACACGCCAAACCUGCAGCACUUCGCGUAUUCUGAAAAAGAAAUCAAACGAGGGAAGUUUGCCCCGGAGUGGAAUCGACAGGACCAUAUCGUUCAUGCUGUGGCUGAAACCCUAUCGAACAGUCUUCAGACCCUCUUUAUCCGGAUCAUGGACAUGGAUCGGUCCGAUUUUUGGACCUCCGAAUUAUCUGCCUAUUGGUCUCAAGACAGCCGCGUGGACUUCUCGCGUUUCAAGCACCUGCAGUCGCUCCGCGUCAACAUAAGCACCUUUGCUCAACGCACCUGGCAGGACUCGUUCAAGCACCACAAGAGUUUCAAGGACGACAUUACACAUUUACUUCCCCCGAACCUCUGUGCACUCGAGUUCUUUGGUACCAAUUAUCUCGAGGAUAUCGCAGAUUCCCGCUCGAGUUCCGCGGCGAAGCCUGCUAUUGUCGCCGUCAACUGGACUUUCCUGGGCAAGGUUCAUGGCGUUGUUUGGCGAAAAGCUUAG